CUCGAAACCGACCCUGAUCUUACGGAGACAAUGAUACCUUCCUCAAGUCCCAUGGAGUCAAGACAUCGACUCUCGUUUUCAAAUGAGAAGUCAAGUAGGAGGAGAUUUCAAAGAAUUGAAAAGGGUGUCAAGUUCAAUACUCUGAAACUUGUGUUGAUUUGUAUUAUGCUUGGAGCUUUGUUCACCAUUUACCGCUUUCGUUAUCCACCGCUACAAAUUGCUGAAAUUCCAACUAGUUUUGGUGUUACUACUGAUCCUCGCUAUGUAGCUACAGCUGAGAUCAACUGGAACCAUUUGUCAAAUCUUGUUGAGAAGCACUUAUUUGGUAGAACCGAGUAUCAAGGAAUUGGCCUUAUCAAUCUUAACGAUAACGAGAUUGAUCGAGUGAAGGAGGUUAUGAAAUCUGACUGUGAUCAUGUAGCUUUGCAUCUUGAUUAUGCUGCAAAGAAUAUUACAUGGGAAUCUUUAUACCCGGAAUGGAUUGACGAGGUAGAAGAAUUCGAAGUCCCUACUUGCCCUUCUCUUCCUUUGAUUCAAGUUCCUGGCAAGCCUCGUAUCGAUCUUGUCAUUGCCAAGCUUCCGUGUGACAAAUCAGGAAAAUGGUCAAGAGAUGUGGCUCGAUUGCAUUUACAACUUGCUGCAGCUCGAGUGGCGGCUUCUUCUAAAGGGCUUCAUGAUGUUCAUGUGAUUUUGGUAUCUGAUUGCUUUCCAAUCCCGAAUCUUUUUACCGGUCAAGAACUUGUUGCCCGUCAAGGAAACAUAUGGCUGUAUAAGCCUAACCUACACCAGCUAAGACAAAAGUUACAGCUUCCUGUUGGUUCAUGUGAACUUUCUGUUCCUCUUCAAGCUAAAGAUAAUUUCUACUCCGCAAGUGCAAAGAAAGAAGCUUAUGCGACUAUCUUGCAUUCUGCUCAAUUUUAUGUCUGUGGAGCCAUUGCAGCUGCGCAGAGCAUUCGAAUGUCAGGCUCUACUCGUGAUCUGGUCAUUCUUGUCGAUGAGACGAUAAGCGACUACCAUAAAAGUGGCUUGGUAGCUGCUGGAUGGAAGAUUCACAUGUUUCAAAGAAUCAGGAACCCGAAUGCUAUACCAAAUGCAUACAACGAAUGGAACUACAGCAAGUUCCGUCUUUGGCAAUUGACUGAAUACAGUAAGAUCAUCUUCAUCGAUGCAGACAUGCUUAUCCUGAGAAACAUUGAUUUCCUCUUCGAGUUCCCUGAGAUAUCCGCAACUGGAAACAAUGCUACGCUCUUCAACUCCGGUCUAAUGGUGGUUGAGCCAUCUAAUUCAACAUUCCAGUUACUAAUGGACAACAUUAAUGAAGUUGUGUCUUACAACGGAGGAGACCAAGGUUACCUUAACGAGAUAUUCACAUGGUGGCAUCGCAUCCCGAAACACAUGAAUUUCUUGAAGCAUUUCUGGGAAGGAGACGAACCUGAGAUAAAGAAAAUGAAGACGAGUCUAUUUGGAGCUGAUCCUCCUAUCCUCUACGUUCUUCAUUACCUUGGUUAUAACAAACCCUGGUUAUGCUUCAGAGACUAUGAUUGCAACUGGAAUGUCGAUAUAUUCCAGGAAUUCGCAAGUGACGAAGCACAUAAAACAUGGUGGAGAGUGCACGACGCAAUGCCUGAGAACUUGCACAAGUUCUGUCUUCUGAGAUCGAAACAGAAGGCGCAACUUGAAUGGGAUCGGAGACAAGCAAAGAAAGGGAAUUACAAAGAUGGACAUUGGAAGAUAAAGAUCAAAGAUGAGAGACUUAAGACUUGUUUCGAAAAUUUCUGUUUUUGGGAGAGUAUGCUUUGGCAUUGGGUUUUGCCUGCUUUUAGCAUAAGCAACCUUUCCGCCGUCAAUCGUUUCCGUUCGACGACGAGUCUUCGUUUUGGAUUUCCGGCGACGCCGUUUCGUCGGUCUCCAAACUCUACCUUCGAGACUCACGCGAAGAAGAAGAAUAAAACGAGUACUGUCGAACAGAAACCAAACAAAGUCGAAGAAUUGAUCUUUGAAGAAGAAGAAGAUGGAGAAGAGGAGCUAGUUCUUCCCGAAGAGAUUCAAGACGAGUUGCUACUGGAUGAUGAAUACGACGAAGACGAUGACUUUGAGUUCGAUGAGAGCGAGGAGGAACUCUAUGCUGGAGAUGGAGGUGGUGGAGGAGGCAUUAAACUUUCUGGAACAUUAUGGGAUAAAGAAGCAUUGGCAUUAGCUGAAAAAGUCUGUGAGUCUUUUGAUGGUGAUUUAGGCAUUUAUGCCUUCAAGACACUGCCUAAUUCAACCAUACAAGUGCGAAUCGAGCGGCUCACUAACAAGUUUGGUUCUCCAACAAUGGAAGACAUUGAAGCAUUUUCAACAAUCUAUAGAGCAAAAUUGGCUGAAGCUGAACUCGCCAAGUCUAUACCAGACAAUAUCUCUCUAGAGGUUUCAUCUCCUGGUGUUGAAAGGGUAGUACGAAUUCCGCAGGAUCUUGAUCGGUAUAAGGACAGACCGAUGUACGUGAGGUACACUAACGAGGACACUGAGACCGAAGGUGAUGGUAUUUUCAGGCUGGUUUCUUUCGAUGUGGAAGCCAAAAGCUGCAUUUGGGGCAUAGCAGACAUAAGAGUAAACCGAGAAAAGGCCGGCAAAGGAAGACCUUUGAGUAAGAAGCAAAGAGAAUGGCGACUCGAAACGGCUUUCGAGUCACUACGGUUAGUCCGUUUGCAUUCUGAAUGUUGAGAACACAGUAAAAUGGCAUGUGUUUU